AUGACAAAAGAUCUACUCGACGUCUCGGUUGAUAAGGCUGUCGACAGCCCAGCUCCCAAAGGCGCCGAGGCCAAGGUGCAUCACCACAAGAAUGGCAAGAAAGUCUUCCACAACCCUUGGCCGAGCUGGCAUGACCUUGACCCAGAGGCCGUCAAAGCCCAUUUGAAGCAACGCAAGUGGAUGAGCACAUGGACGCACCCCUCGACAGCGGAAGCCAAGAUUCCCUUCCAGACUCCGACCUUGUCUCGUGAACGUUUCAGCAACGGCACAUCUGAUGUGCGGGCCACUUGGUUGGGCCAUGCCUGCUACUUUGUCGAGUUCCCAAGUGGCCUGCGCGUCCUCUUUGACCCGGUCAUGACGGACCGGUGCUCCCCCUCACAGUGGUUUGGCCCUCGCCGGUUUACACAAUUGCCGUGCGCGGUCAAGGAUAUACCCUUUCUCGAUGCCGUCGUGAUCUCCCACAACCACUACGACCAUCUCAGCCAUCCUACGGUGGUAGAGAUUGCCAAACUGCAUCCUAAAGCCCAUUUCUUUGUUCCCUUGGGGAAUGAAAGCUGGUUUCACGCAUCUGGAAUCACCGACGUUACGGAGCUGGACUGGUGGGAGGGUGCCGACCUCACAUUGAGCUCUCCAGGUCAGUCUGAUCGCAAGAUUGAGCCCAUUCGCGCACGCAUUACUUGCCUCCCGGCUCAGCAUACGACCGGUCGCGCCCCAUGGGGAACUGACAAGACCCUUUGGGCGUCGUGGUCAGUUGCCUCGCCACCGCCGGACCAGUCAGGCACCGGGAAUACCGUAGCGUCCGUUUUCUUCGGCGGCGACACUGGAUACCGUGCGGUACCAACCCUUGACGCGCAGGAUGACGACUGGGACGAGAAGUACGCGGACCUCCCUGUCUGUCCUGCUUUCGAGCAAAUUGGAGAGCUUUACGGCCCCUUCACUCUCGGCUUGCUGCCAAUCGGUGCUUAUGAGCCACGGGCACUCAUGGCCCCCAUACACGCAAAUCCUCGCGACGCCGUUGAGAUAUUCAUCGAUACUCAGUGCAAGCGAGCGCUCGCGAUGCACUGGGGCACGUGGGUCUUGGGAGACGAGGAUGUCAGAGAGCCACCGCAGAGACUGGAAGAGGCGUUGGCUUUUAAAGGCCUCGCCAGAAAAGGUGUGUUCGAUGUUUGCGGUCUUGGCGAGGUCAUACGUAUCCCACUAUAA